AUGAAAUCGGCGAUUCCUCGGAAUUUAUGGAACCAGCCCGUUUGCCUCUUCACCACGGCCUCGGGUGAGUGGAACUGGUCGGCUUUUUCGCACCUUCUCCCGGCGGCCGUUCUCCUCCAGAUUACGGCGGUCCCGCCUCCUCACGCGUCCCGUGGCGGCGACAAGCUUUAUUGGUGCCAUUCUUCUACGGGUUCCUUCUCUACCAGAUCUGCAUACUCCUCCCUUGUACAAGAACCUUCGGUGGCUGUGCGGGCUCUUUGGAAAGCAAUAUGGGCUUGGCCGGGCCCACCUCGAAUACGUACGUUUCUAUGGCUGCUUACGAGAAACCGCCUCCUUACUAAUUCCGAGCGGUGUCGCCGGCACAUGUCAAGCUCGGACGGCUGCGUGUUGUGCGGACUUGAGGAAGAGACAUCUUUGCAUGUAGUUCGCGACUGCCUUUUGGCUAAGACCGUUUGGAACCGUCUUCUUCUGGAGGCCGUAUCUUCCCAGUUUUUCAAUUUGCCCUUGGAUCAUUGGCUUGAGCUUAAUUUGCUGCAUGGGGCUGAUAUUGGGCAUAUGUGGGAUCGGACUUUUGGUGUGGUUGUGUGGAAGAUGUGGCAGUGGCUUGAAAGUUAUCUCAAGUCUAUAUUGAGUGCUGGGACUGUCUACCUCAUAUAUGCUAACUCGAAUAUUGAUUUUCAAACUUUUCAGAUCAUCACAGAGGAUUUGGGUGUGUUAAAGAAGGUAAAGGAAGAAGGGCAAGGCUGGGAACAGCCAAGGGAACCCUAUGAAGUUAAAGCUUGGAUUUCGGGUAAGUCAGCUGAUGGAAAAAUGAUUUUUUCACAUACUCAAGGAGAACCAUUCUUCUUUACAUUUGGAAAAUCUGAGAUUCCGAAAGGUCUCGAGAUGGGAAUUGGAACAAUGUCACGGGGAGAAAAGGCGGUAAUCUACGUAACAAAGGAUUAUUUAACUCAAAGUCCCCUAAUUCCCUCGAUUGACGAUAUUGCCGAAAUCCACUUUGAAGUGGACUUAGUGCACUUUGUUCAGGUGCGUGACGUGCUUGGAGAUGGAAGAUUAAUCAAACGCCGAUUACGUGAUGGAAGAGGUGACUUUCCCAUGGAUUGCCCUCUUCAAGACAGCCUGUUACAUGUCCACUACAAGGCGAUGCUUCUCAAUGAAGAAAAAACUGUUUUUUAUGACACAAAAAUCGAUAAUAAUGGACAGCCAUUCGAGUUCAGAUCAGGGGAAGGCCUGGUGCCUGAAGGGUUUGAAAUGUGCACCCGAUUAAUGUUGCCUGGGGAGAUAGCUCUUCGCCGGGAGGCGGUGGUGGCGGAUGGCCGGAAAAUGUAUUGUGUUGUUGGGGAAGAGAUUUGA